AUGUCACUGCUCGCGGAGGCGUUUGCCCUGGGUGCCGCAGCGCCAGCGCCAACGCUGCCCGCCACGAGGCUUGCCGCAAGGCGCAGGGCAGCACGUGAAGCUCCCCAUCGAGGUGCGCCGUCGGCGCGCGCGGCUGCCGCCACUGUCUUGGUUGCCGGCGUUGUGGCAAAGAGGCGCAUGGCGGACACGCGUGCGACUGCGGUGUCUAUGAGGGCCGAGCAGCCACAGAAGCCUGGAGGAGGUGCCGUGGAGGAGCCUACAGUCACGCCAGAGCAGGCGAAGACAGAUACCACGAUGCAGGCGGCAGAGAGUGCCGAGGUCGUUGCGCAAGAGCUCCCGAUGAAGGCUGGAGCAGCUGGAGGUGGCUACCUUACAGCUGAUCAGCGGGGCAUGGUGGACAACUUCUUCUUCCCCGACGAGCAGGAGCUUGACAUGGACAAGUCCAUGCCUCUGGAGGACCGGCUGGGAGUCUGUGGCGCGCCGAAGAGUGUGGUUGAGGCCAUCCAGCUUUUCCGACCCACGCUGACACCAGCAGAGGUGCUGCAGGCAGGUGCUUUCGGUGGCACCUACUUCCGUGACAUCGACUCAGCGGUGACCGGGCAGCGGCACACCAACGCCUGGAAGGACCUGCCAACCAGCUGGUUCAAAGGCCUCGACAUCAAGACCCAGGUGGCGCGCCCCUGGAAGGACUACGAUGCCUCGGUAAACAAGUAUGGCGCCAAGUGCGGCAACACGCUCGAGGACUGGGAGAAUGCUGGGUGGAUCGUUGCACAAGAUCCGUAUGGAUGGUUUCAGUGGUAUUGUCGCUUUUUCCUUGGUCGACGCACGGAUGACGACGAACGGCAAAUCAAGCGUUGGAGCAAGGUCUGUGGCCCAACAGGGCGAUGGAAAGGGAAUUUGGUUGCCAAGUGUCUGAAAGCCGGUAGGCCUUACAAUGACGCCAAGGUGGCCCCCGCGGUCCGCCAGUCCCUGCUUCACUGGGGGUACGAGCUGACAGCCGAGGAUCUACGGGAGCGGAGCAAGGCAAUUCUCAAAGGUUCCGGCGCAUAUGCUAUGCCGCGGGAACAGCUCCGCUCGUUGCAAGCGAAGGCCAAGCUGAAGCGCCCGGCGGCAGCAAAGCCCGGCAAGCGUAAGGCGGAGUAG